AGAUUAAUCACUCUUGCACAUGAUCGGGCACGGCACAGCGCACAUGUCUGAGCAGUCACAGUCUCGCCUAUCUAAAGCAGCUCAAUGAUGGAGUUCAGAGAGCUGGGAGCAGACGAGAGCUCUGAGGGCAAUACGGAGGAUCUGGAUAAUGUAAAAGCCCUGACAGAGAAACUCAAACUCCAAACGCGCAGACCGUCGUACCUAGAAUGGAAGGAGCGACUGCAGGCUCGCCCGUGGACUGAUGCCACUCAAGGUUCAAAUGCGAGCAGCCCAGGAUCUGUGGAGAAGGACACUCAGCUAUCCGACAUCUGGAAAGAUGGGAUGCCUUACAAGAACAUCUGCGGUUUUGAUACUAUGGACGACGCGUUAGAGUGGCUCAGAAACGAACUGCGGGAGAUGCAGAUGCAGGAUAACCGUCUAGCACGACAGUUGAUUCGCUUACGGGGAGAGAUCCACAGGCUGAAGGUGGAGCAGGUGUGUCACCGUCACAAAGAGAUGCUGGAUGAUGCCACAUAUGAGCUGGAGGAGUGUGAGGAGGACUCGGACCUGCUGUGUGACAUCCCCAUGAAAGCCACCUUCACUCUUUCCACCCCUCUCAAACAUCUUGGUCUCACCAAGAUGAACCUCAACUCCAGACGAUUCUCGCUCUGCUGAGGGGCACGAUGAGGAGAGAUGCCCCUCAAUGCACAGCUCUUACUGACACUGGAAGCCAAAUAUUUUUUUCAUUUCAGUGUUAAAACUGGACUAUUGAAAAAACUAAACAAAAAAAAAACACCCUUUAAGUUUUCUUCAAAUCACUAAGCCUUAGUGACAGGUGGUCAUAUCUAAAAAUGCAGUAACCAGCACUACAGUCUAUACAACUAUUAAACCACUUGUGAAUGCGGACUCGCCUCAGGUCUGAGAAAGUCCUCAUGCAGAGUUGGAAAAAAGUUUAUAUUAACUUUUAACAAUAGCUGAACUGAUCUGAGAAUCAAGAGGAACCUGCUUCUGUGUCAAAAGGCGUGUGAUUGGCACACACUCCCAUGAGCGUUCCUGAAUGCUCAGAGGAGGAAACACUCUCCUGUCGGUUUGGCUGUGAUCCCGAGCAGCAGCCUCACAGGAAGUGUGAGUUUAUGUUCAGGCAUUUUGUCACCUUGUCUCUUAAAUCCUAAAAAUAACCCCCACUCUUCGGCUCAGCAACAACUGAAAAGUUAAUCUCAGACUCUGUUUUGUUCAACCCACUGUCGGUGGUUGGACUUUAAUAAGUUGAGGGUUAAUUUUUGAGAAUCUUGUGUUUGGGGAAUUUUUAUUCACAGGUCAGAGUUUUUAUUGCCUCCUUUGUAUCUCUACACAGAAUCCAUUCAAGUUUAGUUUACUUUAUUACAAGCACUGGAAAUUUAGCACUGCAUUUGUUCAUGGAUACUGUAAGUGCUUAUAUCAAAAGCGCCAUGAUAAAUUACAACAUAUCAAAAAGGAUAUUUAUUAUUUAAUAACUUGGGACUAAAUGAGUGUUACCAAUUUAUAAUAGAUUUGAUAUAUAUGAAAUAAAUGCAUCGGUUCAGCAAGGAUGCAUUAAAUGAUUUUUACAUUGUUUAAAAAAAAUGAAGGAUCAUGAAACAUUAAAUACUGGAGUAAUGACUGAAAAUUCAGUUUUGCCUUCACAGGAAUAAAUUACAUUUGAAAAUAUAUUAAAAUAGACUUAUAAAUAAAAUAAAAUUAACUUUUAAAUUGUACAAUAUUACAGUUUUAUACAGCUGUAUUUUUGAUCAAGUAAAUGCAGGCUUUGUGAUCAUAUAAGACUUCUUUCAGAAACAUCACAAACUAUUUUACAGAACCCAAACGUCUUAAUGGUAGUGUACAUAAUGUUUUUUUAAUUAGUAAAAUGUUUGAUGUACAAAUGUUUAAGUGCACUGUUAAGGGUAUAAAACGUCCUUUUGCUUUCAAUCACCUGUUUACUAAAAUCAAACACAAUGACUGCCUUUUUUCCCCGCACAGGGCUACAAAAAUGCCUUGAAUUUGACUUAAAAUAACUUAAAAAGUUAUUUUGAAGAUAUAUUGCGAUUGAUAUUGUAAUUUAGAAGAAAGGAGAAAAACAUUGCUCAUUCACUGUAACUCAUUCACUCAUAAUAAAAAUCUAUGAAUCUUUUGAA